GGGAGGCAGGAAGCUGUGACCUGGAAGUUGUUUUUUUACUCGCUGGAGGUGAAGAUGGCAGCGUGCAGUGCGUGAAAAGCGAAACCGAGUGUUCAAUGAGACCCAAACAUGUAUAAACCAUCAUGUCACCGGAUGACAGGUCUGUUUGGAGUUUGCCUUUUCCAAGGACUUGAAAAUGUUCGAUACUCAAGGAACCUCAUGCAGCUUUGCAAACAAGCCCAGCCCAGAUGGGGUACUUUCCAGCACUUUACAUUUCUCAAACGUCUGUAUGUUACCAAAAUGUCCAAUGGCUUAUGUCAGCAUGCAAAGCCUAAGCAGGAGCCUUUAGGUUCUCCACUUUUAGAAAGGCCGCAUUUGGCACAAGAGCAAACGGUUAUUCAUCACGUCCAGCAAAUACCAGCUAUCAGCCAAGAUCCAUCCACUGUAACAUUUUCAAGUGAAGAGAAAAAGGAAGAAAAUAUUUCGACUGUGGUCUCUGAAAUAACACAUGAGUCAGGAGAAGUAAAGCAAUGGAAAGAAAUCCGGGUGCAUCUAGAAGAUCUUCCUGGCAUUUAUGCACGCCUGUCAAAAAUCAAACUAACAGCAUUGGUUGUCACAACUGCAGCAGCAGGAUACAUUAUGGCUCCAGUUCCUUUUGAUCUUUCUGUUUUCUUGCUUACUUCAGUGGGAACAGGACUAGCUUCCUGUGCUGCCAACUCCAUCAACCAGUACUUUGAAGUUCCUUUUGACUCGAACAUGAAUCGGACAAAAAAAAGGCCCCUGGUGCGUGGACAGCUCAGUCCUCUUCAUGCGGUGACAUUUGCAGGGGCUUGUACCGUUCCUGGCAUUGCCCUUCUCACCUUUGGUGUGAACCCCCUUACUGGAGCCCUUGGUGCCUUUAACAUCUUCCUGUACACCUGCUGCUACACUCCUUUGAAGAGGCUGAGCAUUGCUAAUACCUGGGUAGGGGCAUUGGUGGGUGCAAUUCCACCUGUCAUGGGCUGGACAGCGGCAACAGGAAGCCUGGGUGCGGGUGCCUUACUAAUGGGUGCCAUUCUCUACUCCUGGCAAUUUCCUCAUUUCAAUGCCUUGAGCUGGAAUCUACGUGAAGACUACUCGAGAGGAGGGUACCGCAUGAUGUCAGUCACUCACCCAGCACUCUGCAAGAAGGUAGCUCUCCGUCACAGCCUUGCCCUCAUUGGACUUUCUGCCUUGGCCCCAGCUCUGGAUGUGACCACCUGGACCUUCCCUCUCAUCUCUCUCCCCAUCAACCUGUACAUCAGCUACCUCAGCUUCCAGUUCUAUAGAGACUCCGAUCGCAAGAGCGCCCGCAAGCUGUUUUUCUGUAGCCUCUGGCACCUGCCUAUGCUGCUGCUCCUCAUGCUAACAUGCAAGAAAGCCUGCACUAGUAAAGAGGACACACUAGUGACAAGUAGCUAGUGAUCAAGUCUCAGGAGUUAAUACAGUUCCACUUCCAACUUUUUGCUGGUUGAACAAAAAUAAGGGAACUACAAUAAACUUUUCUACUUCCCAAGUUGUCAGGUUUAUUGUGGACACAAAUCAAAAUCAUUACGGGAGGGUAGAGACAGUUCUAUAGAAACUGUUGGCUAAAGGCCAUGUCACAUUACAUGACUUUUCCAGCGAUUUUCAAUUGCAGACUUCAUCUACAUAAUCUUAACGGGUCGGACACAGUUAGCUGCAUGAUAUCAUGAUAGUCAGUUGUGCAGUCUGACAUCUCCAUUGACUCAGUCCAAACAAUCUGUGACUAAUCACAACAAAAUCAUUCAGGUCAUAGGGACAAGAACUGUGCAUGAGUGCUGGUCAUCAAUAACCUCUCAGCCUGAAGUACACUGCUUAAAAUGCAGCUUUGAGGAAUAGGGGACAUGGGUGUUUUGGAGAUGACAAACAAAAGAGAGGCUCAUGUGUACCACAACAGAAUUGAAAAAAGAAGAAAGGCUGAGAUUGGAGCUGAACUCGCCAUACAUGAUAAGCCCUCUCAUGGUCACCGUUAAUCGAUGUGAGUAAAAGGGACAAGCUUGUGAUACUUUGGAAAUGUGGAACUGUGCUGGAAAGAUGUCACACAGUUGUCAAAUUUGACAUAGUAUGACAUCCUCAGUUGAUGAGAUCGGCAAAUGCAGUUGUCACGUUUGACAUCCCCUCUGACUAGAAGUUGUGUAAUGUGACAUUACCUUUAGCUCAUAGUCAUCAUUGAUAGAUAACUAAAUGUGAAUGUGUCUGAAGGCCAGUGGGUGCUUUCUAGUAGUUUUAGGAGGUUUGUCAUUAGUGAUUUAAUGAGUGAUACACUUCUUGUGAAUGUGGUUAUCCUUAAAACCUUAGAAUAUUUUUAACAAGAGCACACCUUUCAGCCCAACAAAGCUUGCUAGUUCUAUCCACCUAAUUUCUCCAAAACAAUGGUAAAUCGAGUUUUGAAUGUUCCUAAAAUCCUACUCUCUGCCACAUUACUUGGUAACUUGUUCCAUGUGUCUAUGGUUCUCUGUCUGAAGAAAAACUUCUAAUCUAGUCUAAACUUUCUCAUCACUCAUUAAACCACUCUUGACAAGCUUUGUCUUCUGUCCAGCUCGGGAACUGCAUACAGGCUUAUACUUAUAGGAAAGAUGAACACUGAUCAUGUUUAUUCACUAGAGCAAUAAAUCAGGUGAAACAGUUAAUCUCCCGUGGAAAAGCAAACGCUCUGUUUGAGCUGCACCAUACAUCUUAUAACCAGUGGUCUGGCAGGUCCUAGUCAGCCGGGGGUAAUCUGAUCCAGACAUGGUAAAGUGCAAGGUGCUGGUGUCUGCUAUUGUUUGUCUUCAGAUGGUUAGAUGUCUCAGUCAACCUUGACUACAUCAUCUGGUGAGAUGCUGCUGGCCACAGCCUCAACUUCAGCUGUCCUGUAAGCCAUUCAUCUCAGGGCAGAACAGAAGAAUGUGAUAUUAAGAGCGAUAUGCUUUCUGAAAUUCACUUAUUCGGUUUAGUACACACCAGACCACAGAGCCACCAUCUGCAAAACACUUGGGCUUUCAGCAGCUAGCCAAGCAGAUCAGGGAGGAACAAGAACAUCUUUCCUCUCAGGAUAGGGAGGGCCAAGAGCAGCAGCUGUUGCUAUGUACUGUAUUAAAAAAUCUUCCUGGAGAUUGAAUGUCAGCUCCGUUACCAACAGAGGAGCCAUAAUCACUUUACCACACUAUGUGGCCCUGAAAGCAUUCCAGCUAUUUCGAUGUUUUCACAGUGGCCAAUCGAAAAAAGCCAAAGAUGGUGUCCUUCACAUCCUCUCUUAAGACACUUGCGUGAUUGGGCCGAAUCUUUCAAAGUACAAAAAAAGUGCAAAGUUAAAUCUCACAUAAAAUAAUCACUGGACCUGAGAGGACAGGUUGUUGCGAUGCACUGUGAUUUGGGAAAAGACUCUUCAGUGUUUACGUGACGCCACACUGGUGCUUAAAGCCGACAGACAGAACCCCCAUUGUGCAUUACUGCCAUUUGCUGCUCCUAGACUAAAUUUCACAGGGCAGGGGAACACAAGUGUGCAAAAUGUGUAAUUAAAAAAAAAAAAUCAACCGCAGACAAACUUGAAUCACUGUAAGAGGAUUUUGAGCAAAAUAAACUAUUUUAAAACAA